AUAAAUUGGGUACUUUGAGGAAGAGCCACAUAAUCAAAAGUGUCAGAAAGAAAUUUGAUCUCCAACGCCAUUGUAGAAUGGCGUCCCUUUCAGCUCUGACCGAAGAACUGGACUCUGUGACCAGCGAGCUCCAUGCAAUCGACCUGCAAAUCCAAGAACUGACGGAGAGGCAGCAAGAACUUCUGCAGAAAAAAUCCGUCCUAACCAAGAAGAUAAAACAGUGUUUCCAGGAUUCCGAGGCAAGAGCAAGUAGCGAAUGCGAAUCCGCCCCCGCUGAGUGGAAUAAAGAAGAUUUUCCUUGGUCGAGUAAAGUUCAAGAUGUCCUGAAAAACGUGUUUAAACUGCAAAAAUUCCGACCCCUUCAGCUUGAAACAAUUAAUGUCACAAUGGCUGGGAAGGAAAUAUUUCUUCUUAUGCCUACCGGAGGAGGAAAGAGUUUAUGUUACCAGUUACCUGCGUUGUGUUCAGAGGGUUUUACACUUGUAAUUUGCCCAUUGAUCUCACUGAUGGAGGACCAGUUAAUGGUUUUAAAACAAUUGGGAGUGUCAGCCGCCAUGUUAAAUGCUUCUAGUCCUAAGGAACACGUCAAAUGGGUUCACGCUGAGAUGGUCAAUAAAAACUCCAAGUUAAAGCUGAUUUACGUGACGCCGGAGAAAAUCGCCAAGAGCAAGAUGUUCAUGUCCAGACUGGAGAAGGCCUAUGAGGCCAAGAGAUUCACACGCAUUGCCGUAGACGAGGUUCACUGCUGUAGCCAGUGGGGGCACGACUUCAGACCUGAUUACAAGGCCCUGGGCAUCCUGAAACGCCAGUUCCCCAACACCUCGCUGAUGGGUCUGACCGCCACCGCCACGCAGCACGUGUUGAAGGACGCGCAGAAAAUCCUGUGUGUCCAAAACUGCUUGACUUUCACCGCCUCGUUUAAUCGUCCAAAUCUUUAUUAUGAGGUUCGUCAGAAACCCUCAAACACAGAGGAUUUCAUUGAGGACAUUGUAAAGCUCAUUAAUGGCAGAUACAAAGGACAAUCAGGAAUCGUGUACUGUUUCUCUCAGAAGGACUCUGAACAACUCACCAUUAGUUUGCACAAGUUGGGAAUCCGCGCAGGUACAUACCAUGCCAACAUGGAGGCAGAGGAAAAGACCAAGGUCCACACGAGAUGGGCGGCCAACCAACUCCAGGUGGUCGUGGCCACAGUGGCAUUCGGUAUGGGGAUUGAUAAGCCGGAUGUGAGGUUUGUGAUUCAUCACUCAAUGAGCAAAUCCAUGGAGAAUUAUUACCAGGAGAGUGGACGAGCAGGUCGAGAUGACCGCAGAGCUGACUGCAUCCUGUACUUCGGGUUUGGGGACAUAUUCCGAAUAAGUUCCAUGGUGGUCAUGGAGAACGUGGGGCAGCAGAAGUUGUAUGAGAUGGUGGCCUACUGCCUCAACAUAAGCACGUGUCGCCGCGUGUGCAUCGCUCAGCAUUUUGAUGAGGUGUGGAACUCGGAUGCGUGUGACAAGAUGUGUGACAACUGCUGUAAAGACAUCGCCCUAGAAGAGAGGAACGUGGCGGAGCACGGCAGAGAGCUGGUAAGAAUCCUGAGGCAGGCGGAGGAGCUGGGUGAGAAGCUCACCCCCCUGAAGCUGCUGGACUCAUGGGUGGGAAAAGGCCCCGCGAAGCUGAGAGUGCCCGGCGUCGUGGCGCCCACGCUCCCGCGGGAAGAGCUGGAGAAGAUCAUCGCACACCUGCUUCUGCAACACUACCUCAGGGAGGACUACAGCUUCACCGCAUACGCCACCAUCGCGUAUUUGAAAGUGGGCCCGAAAGCGAAUCUUCUGAGCAGCAAGGCCCACGUCAUCGCCAUGCCAGUGAAGGCCUCAGCCGGCUGCCUCAGGGCGGAGUCAUCAAAAACUUGUCUGUCAGAACGCGCUGGUGAAAUGGGGGAAAAGACUUCAGGAAGCUUCCAGAAGUCGCCAGCACACAAGCUUCAGCAGUCUGCUUCUAAGAGCACGGGGGCCAAGAAAAGGAAACUGGAUGACGGCUGAGGUGCCCAAGUUGGACAUUCCCGUGGGAAGGAGGGUGUGGGUGUGGGCGGGCCCCCCCCCACCCCGGCUGGGGUCAUCCCCAUAGUGCUCUUCCACAGAACGUCUCUGCAGGUUUGAGGACUCAACCUGCUGCGAGCUGGACAUCUUGAGUUAUUUAUUUAAUUUUACAGAAUGA